AUGUCGACCAAAAGUGAUAAAGCUGUUGAAAGACAAAUGCAAAUGUUUGAAAUCGAAAUGAUGCAACAAGUAUUUACCAGUAUGACAAGUAGCUGUCUAGCUAAAUGUAUUCCAUCUAAUUAUAAUGAUGGUGAUCUAACUAAAGGUGAAGCAGUUUGUUUGGAUAGAUGCGCCUCUAAAUUUAUGCAAGCGUACAUGCAAACUACUAAAAAGUUGUCUACAAUGGCAUCGUCAGACUCGAAAUUGCCGCAUUUACUAAGUAGUUGGACCUACUGUUCGUGGGCUAAGGGAAAGUUAUUUCGUUUCAGAAUGGGUUUUUGGCUUCAGACCCUUUUGGUUUUGUUAUGCAUAGUGAUUUUGGUUUCAUCGGUGCCUACAUCAAUACAGAAACCUGAUCUUGAAGAAACUGAUUCUCAACUGAUAGAGGAUGACGGAUCACAUCAUCGAGGGAGUCAGUUUGGUAACAGGCUUGGAUCUGGAAAAACAUUUAUUUAUUUAUUUCGUUCAUGAAGUAAGUUGGUCAUUUUCUGUCAAACAAAUAGAUUUCUUAGUUAAUUUUGUGCACCUUCUGACAAAAACAAACCAUAUACUAUUCAUUCAUUAGAGUUGGUACUUAAUGUCAUGCUGAUGUCUAGUACUUUUUAUGCAGUGGUGAUUAUAAAACGAUUUAUAAUGCUUCUGGCUUUACAGUAAUUCUGUCAAGUUGCAGAUGCGAACGAAGACUUAAUGAUUGUGUAAAAGGCUGUGUUAUUAUUAGUCUGGUACUUCCAACCGCUAAGUUUUCAUCGAUAAACGGAGUUAAAACUUUUUCUUAUAAGUAGUUAAGAUCGAACGCUUUGGAGAAUUAUGAGUAUCUUAUAGGUUUAUUUUAUUUAGAGUUGAUGUGAGCUAAUUUAUUUUCCACAUUUUGUUUUUUCGUUUUUUGCAAUUUAUUCCUUUUAAAUUUCUAUUCGAUACACUACUCACUUUUUUUCUCGGUAUAAGCUUUGUGUGAGUUUUGCUGUUUGUUUGCCUUUGAUGUUGUGAUUUCACACUACGCACACUAAUAUGUGGCUUGUUGGUUAAAACACUUGCAAAUAAUAAGCUGUCGGUUUGAAUCCUACUUCACCUGCUUCGAUAAUAUCACUAACCGGAUUCAUAACCAUCUACUUGGCUAAUGAGUUCGAUCAAAUUAUUGCAUUUCAACGCUAAUGUUAAAUUUUAUCCUGUUAAUUAACUGACAGAUGAUUCAUCCACUGGUGAAAGACGGUCACAUAGGCGUCGCAGAAAGCAUAACCGACAAUGUGAACAAACAGGCCACUGUCCUGAAGUUUAUUUUAUAGACAGAUUUCUUUAAACUAAACUUUUUCCAGCUAGAUAAUCAUCAGUUUGCCACCUUAUUCACUCAAUAAUUAUGCACUUCAUGUAUGCAGAUGACUACUGAAUAAAUUCAGUCUUUUUCCAAGAAACGCUUUGUCACUCAAAAUACGUCGAAGACUUUUUUUCUACUCUUAACCAAACAGACCUAUGCCUUCUGGAUACUAUUGUAAAGCAGUCUAAGAAUUUUCGAGUAAAGGACCAACUCUGUAAAAGUAAAGCAAAGUUCUUAUUUAUAAAAGCAUAUCUGUAGGAAACCAAUUGGAAAUUAACAAAUAGACCGACCGUUGCUGCUACCUUG